AUGACCAAGGGCCAGAACCUUCGACAAUAUCGGGCCUGUGUGAGGUGUCGCUCCCGAAAAACGCGAUGUGAUCUGCAAAGCACUGGAGAACCGGGGAUACCUCCGUGCGUCAAAUGCUCCCGUGAGGGCGCCGUAUGUGUCCUGGCGGGUUCUCGCCGUGGUGGUGACUUCUCUCGAUACCGCCGGUCACGGAAGGAAUCAUCUUCGCAGAUAGCAAACGAAGGACUGAGUCAGCAAUGUUUGGACAACGUUCAUUCUUCCCUAACAGGCCUAUCGGCUUCGCCUCUAGAUAAUGAGGCCUUGCAACCCACAAAUGCAGAGACGCCAAUACACGAUAAUCUACAGAACCCGUCGGAUGCCUUACUGAUUCUGGCCCAUUCAGCUGGCCAGCCGGAUAUACAAGAAGAACGUAUUAUCGACGAUGACGCUCGAGUGCCUCGACAUAGCCAUGCUAGUGGCGCUGCCCCAGGAGGAACGGGCGGACAAGUGCAAUAUGACAAUAUUGGCAGUUGUCGUAACACCUCAUCUAUUACGACCACUUAUCUGCCAAACCAUGAAAGGGGCUCAUACUAUCUACUGCAGAAUAAGAUAAUCACUUUGCCGCUGUUGCUGGACCUUCUACGUCUAUUCAGGAAAAAUUACCAUCCAUUCUUCCCGAUAGUACCCCCAGAAGUCCUUGACCCAGCCCGCCUUGAACAGAAUGCAACAAAAGAGUCUUUCCUGAUCACUGCAAUCUUGGUCAUUGCGCUCCAGGACUGCUCUGAUUUCACAGAUCUCUACAAAGCCACCUGGGAUUAUCUCCGCCAACAGAUCUUAGACAUUGUUCUCGGGGUAGCUACCAGCCGCCAUAUUGGCUGCGUCGAAGGGCUUUUACUUCUUGGAGAAUGGAAUCUGAUCAACUAUGGCCAGACACAGGCCGACGAUGGUGGUGAGGCUGCAUGGUCAAUCCUAGGCGUGGCUGUGAGACUGGCAUAUCGGCUACGAUUAGAAGAUAGCGGGUUCGAAGAAAAGAACCAAGAGCUCGACCCUGCGUCGCAGCGGAAGCGUCUAGCGUGGACCUUCACCUACCUCUCAGAUCGCCAGAUAUCGAUUCGAAUGGGUCAAGCUUUCUGGUGUCGUGGCCCAGGUCUCUCGAGGAGAUUCACAGCACAAGACUACCCCUCUCUCCAACCGAAGAAUGCCAACGAUGAAGAUCUUGCGUCGUGGAUCCAAGCACAAGUUGAGCUAACGACACUAUUUGGAAAUGCGCACGAUAUUCUCUUUGCAUCCAAGUCGCACACGGUGAAGCUCAUCACCCGUGGAGACUAUGUCAAGUAUAUCGACGAUACUAGCCGAGCAAUGGCUGCGUGGGAGCACGCAUGGCAAUCACUUGCAGUAUCCAAGCAUUUGAAAAGCUUUUUGACAUUGAUGAAGGAUUAUCUUAGACUCUAUGUCAACGCCUUUGCAUUCCAAGCCGUCAUUUAUCGUGCUUCCCGCGCCUCCCCAGAGAAAGGCGAUGUCGGUGGACCAAGUCUGGACUUUCCCAACUCGACAAUGGCUAGUGCUGAUGCGCGACAUAUUUACGAAGCGCUUGAUGCCGCAGAAUCGCUGUUGAAAACAUUUUCCGAAGACUUCGAUCCCGAAAAGCACUUACGCUACAUGCCAACUCGCUUCUACCUGCAAGUUCCAACCUGA